AUGAAUCCGGAAGCUCUAUGGGCGAAGGUUAUCAAGGCAAUUCAUGAAAGCAAAAGAAGUAAGAAACACAUACCAAUUGACAACAGAAAUGCAGGAAUUUGGAAGGAUGUUGUGGCGGAAGAUAAGGAACUCGAUAGUAAAGGAUUAAAGCUGAAAGAAAAAUUAGUUGUUAAACUGGGGAAUGGAACAAAGACGAAAUUUUGGCUGGAUAAUUGGGCCGGAGGGAUGCCGUUUGCAGAUAAAUACCCAGAUUUAUUUAAGAUCGUGAAGAAUAAAGAUGCCAAAGUGGCGGACCUUGCUAUCAGACUCGAAAACGAAAAUCAAUGGAACAUUGAGUGGUCGCGGCCUCCAAACAAUGACGGCGAAUGGGCUCAAUGGUCAGGUAUGUUAUGCGACUUAAAUAAAGCAACUUUUAAUAAUGGAGAAGAUUGCUGGGGCUGGAUGACAGACAAAUUGUUGGAGUUUUCAAUAGCGAUUAUAAAGGACCAACUCAUGAAAUUUACGGCAAGUGAGCAUGAGGAACGGUGGCAGCAUUGGAAUACAUGGGUACCAGCAAAGGUAAAUUAUUUUACUUGGAGAACGGCCAUUGGAAGAAUCCCGGUAAAAAGUGAGCUAAGGAAAAGAGGUUUGAAGACAGUGUGGUGGAAUAUAUUGGCUUGGAUGAAGUUACCUACUUCAACUGUUGUUAGGUCAAUCGAGGAAAUCAUGGGUUACAUCAAUGGACUAGCAGGUUCACAAGGAUGGAAGAAAACAGUGAAUCUGGCGUGUCAAGCAACCAUAUGGAAUUUGUGGAAAGCAAGAAACGAAAGGGAGUUCAGAGGGAUUGCACGGUCUGGGAAUAACAUUGUUGAAGAUAUUAAAGCAGAUACUUUCUUAUGGCUAAAGAGUAGGUCAAAAUUCAAGGAACUAGUGUGGGAAAGGAGAUGGAAAGAACAAGAUCCGGUGGAUUGCAUGGAACAAAAUGAUAAAACCAAAAAAGUAUGGAGGACUCUGAAUAGGAGACUUGCGAAGUACAAACCUAGCUCUAUUGGUAAAGUGGGGAUGGAAAUAUAA